AUGGCGGCGGCCGACUCCGACAGAGAUCCUCCGUCUUUAUGCUCUGAAUUCCUCCAUUUCUCCGCCAAAGACACGGCGUCGCAAUGGAUGGCAGCAGCAGAUCUUCAGCAGGAAGUGUACCGUCACCUGUCCGUGUACGUACCCAGAAUCCUUUGCUUGGGGCCGAGUGGGUGCAGCAGCAGAGAGGAGCAGAGGGAAGAGCAGAGGGAGGAGUUGGCCUGUCAGCUGCUCCUCCUGGCUCCUCUGGAGUGGCUCCUGCUGGGUGAGGAGCCGGCUGCAGGCCUGGCGCUCCUGCAGGAGAACAACCAGCCGUCUCCUCUGUGUGGACACGUGUUCAAAGUGGGAGAGCCCACCUACUCCUGCAGGGAGUGUGCAGCUGAUCCCACCUGCGUUCUAUGCAUGCAGUGUUUCCUGGGCAGUGUUCAUAAAGACCAUCGAUACAGGAUGACCACGUCAGGAGGUGGAGGGUUUUGUGACUGUGGAGACGCUGAGGCCUGGAAGAAGGGUCCUUACUGCCAGAAACACACCCUCACCCCCAACAACAGAGACACGGAGGAGGACCCCAUAGCCCAGCUGCCCGCUGACAUGGUUGCCCGUAGUUACAACAUCUUCUCCAUCAUCCUGAAGUACGCUGUGGACCUGCUGACCUGGGAUCAGGAGGACCAGCUGCCUGCAGGACUGGAACCACCGGAGAAAGGAGACACCUACUACUGCAUGCUGUUCAAUGAUGAAGUGCACACGUAUGAACAGGUGAUCUACACGCUGCAGAAAGCCGUCAACUAGCAGAAAGAAGCCGUCAGCUUCGCCACCACGGUCGACCGAGACGGAAGGAAGUCGGUGCGAUACGGAGAUUUCCAGUUCUGUGAACAAUCCAAGUCUGUCAUAGUGAACUACAGACGCCUCCAGACAGAUUUUAUGGAGGACGACCACGAGCGAGUGGUGUCAGUGACAUCACUGUCUGUUCAGCUGUUCACCGUGCCGACCAUGAGCUAUGAACGCUUGCAGAACGACUACGUGAGAGACGACCACGACCGUGAGUUCUCCAUCACUGACCUGUCAGUGCAAAUAUUCACCGUCCCGUCGCUGGCCCGGAUGCUGAUGGUGGAGGAGAACCUGAUGACCACCAUCAUCAGGACAUUUGUGGAUCACCUCCGUCACAGAGACCUGCAGGGACGCUUCCAGUUCGACCGCUACACGGCACAGCAGGCCUUCAAGUUCGGACGAGUCCAGAGCCUCAUUGGAGACCUCAAGUAUGUCCUGAUCAGUCGACCCUGCGAGUGGAGCGAUGAGCUCAGAGAGAAGUUCCUGGAAGGUCUGGAUUCGUUUCUGGAGCUGCUCAAGUGCAUGCAGGGCAUGGACCCAGUGGUGAGACAGGUGGGACAGCACAUAGAGAUGGAGCCUGAGUGGGAGGCAGCGUUCACUCUGCAGAUGAAACUGACCCACAUCAUCUCCAUGAUCCAGGAGUGGUGCUCGACUGAUGAGCGUGUGCUGAUCGAUGCCUACCGGAGAUGUCUGACCGCUCUCAGUCACUGUCAUAGUGGCCUUCCGGAUGGUGAGCAGCCAAUCAGCUUGAGUCUAGCCGGUCACUGUGUGGAGACGUUCAGGUACCAGGUGUCUCAGGACAAAGUGUCCAUACACCUGCCGGUCUGCAGGCUGCUGGCAGGUCUCCAUGUUCUCCUCAGCAGGACGGAGGUUGCGUCUCGUUUCCCUGAGCAGCUCCCACUGGGUGAACUCAGCCCCCCCCUCCUAAUCGAACUACCUCUGCGCUGCCUGGUGCUCUGUGCCCAGGUGCAUGCUGGGAUGUGGAGGAGGAACGGCUUCUCUCUGAUCAACCAGAUUUAUUAUUAUCACAACGUCAAGUGCAGAGUGGAGAUGUUCGACAAAGAUGUCAUCAUGCUGCAGGCCGGAGCGUCCAUGAUGGAUCCAAACCACUUCCUGAUGAUAGUUCUCAGUCGAUUUGAACUUUUUCACAUUUUCAGCUCCGCAGACUGCAGGAAAAGAUACAGAGAAGCCAACAAGGAUGUGGUCCAGCAGAACAACACUCUGAUUGAGGAGAUGCUUCACCUCAUCAUCAUGGUCGUCGGUGAGCGGUACAUGGCGGGUGUCGGACAGGUGGAGCCCUUUGAUGAGGUCAGAAGAGAAAUCAUCCAUCAGCUGUCAAUCAGACCGAUGGCUCACAGCGAACUGGUGAAGGCUCUGCCCGAGAAUGGUAAUAAGGAGACGGGUCUGGAGCGAGUCAUUGGUGUUGCUUCAUUCAAGAAGCCAGGUGUGACAGGUCGAGGUCUGUAUGAACUGCGUCCAGAGUGGAACAAACACUUCAACCUGUACUUCCAUCACUACAGCAGAGCCGACCAGUCCAAGGCGGAGGAGGCUCAGAGGAAGCUGAGGAGACAGAACGGAGAGGACACAGCCCUGCCCCCCCCAGUGCCCCCGCCUCUCUGUCCCCUGUUCGGCAGCCUGGUGAACCUGCUGCAGUGUGACGUGCUGCUGGCUGUGGAGGGAGCCGUGCUGCAGUGGGCUGUGGAGCCCAGCGGAGGAGGCUGGACCGAGUCCAUGCUGCAGAGGGUGCUCCACCUGGUGGGCAUGGCUCUGCUGGAGGAGCAGCAGCAGCUGGAGAACAGCAGCGGAUACGAUGACGUCACUUUCAACUACACCAGCAAGAUCACACGUCCAGGUGAAGCUCCCAGUACUUCAGGAAGUGUUCUGGCUCUGCUGGAGAGUCUGCAGAAUGCUCCUCACCUGGAAGUCCACAAAGACAUGAUCACCUGGAUCCUCAAGAUGGUGGCGAACAUCAAAACCAUCAGAGAGCGUUCAUCCGCCACCUCCAGCAUCACCAUCAGCCAGGGACAGGGACCGGAGGAGACGGUGCGUGACAAAGACAAGGCAGAGAGGAAGAGGAAGGCGGAGAUGGCUCGGCUCCGGAGGGAGAAGAUCAUGGCUCAGAUGUCAGAGAUGCAGAAACAUUUUAUCAAUGAGAACAAAGAACUGUUCCAACAGAGUCUGGAAGAGCUGGAGGCGUCUACGUCAGCUGCUGCAGAGCACAGUCCUCCCAGUUUGGAGAUGUCCAGUGUCUCCCAGGUGUGUGUUGGUCCCAGGAGGUUGGGUGUAGCUGAGCGCCGUCAGCUGGUAACGUGCAUCCUGUGCCAGGAGGAGCAGGAGGUCAAAGGUCACGGCAGGGCCAUGGUGCUGGCAGCGUUCGUCCAGAGGUCCACCGUUUUAUCCAAAAACCGACGCCGCGCCCUGCCGAACGCAGAGCGUCAUGACCCUGUCUUCAUGCAUCCUGAUUUGUCUCUGGGUAUCCACACCGCCAGCUGUGGACACAUCAUGCACGCCACCUGCUGGCAGAGGUACUUCGAGGCCGUGCAGCUGAAGGAGCAGCGACGGCAGCAGCGUCUGCGAGGUCACACCAGCUACGAUGUGGAGAACGGAGAGUUCCUGUGUCCGCUCUGCGAAUGUCUGAGCAACACUGUGAUUCCCCUGCUGCCUCACGCACACUCACCUGACCACAGUGUCGAUCAUCCCAGUCUGGAGGUGUGGCUAAAGACGACCAAUCAGCAGAUAGCAGCACUACACUCCGCCCACAGGAAACAGUCUGAAGAUGCAGCGGAGGGGGCGGAGCCUCCUGUUCCUGAAGGAUUCAGAAUCGACUUCACUCCACUGAACCCGUUCUCCAGCAGCGUCAGCGAGAUGAUCACAACCUUCAGCAUGUCCACCUAUAAGGUCGGACUAAAGGUCAACCCCAACGAGCAAGACCAGAGAAUCCCAGUGCUGAGCUGGUCCACCUGCGCCUACACCAUCCAGGCUAUAGAGCGCCUCCUGAUGGACGAGGAGAAGCCCUUGUUUGGAAGUUUACCUUGCAGACAGGAUGACUGUCUGAGCUCCCUCACCAGGUUCAGUUCAGCCUGUUGGACUGCAGCUCCACUGACAACAGUUCACACGCAGUUCAUCAGACUGUUUGCAGCUCUGGUUCCAGACCUCCAGGUAGAAAACACUCCAUGUAUUCUGGACGUCGACAUGUUUCACCUGCUGGUUUACAGCGUGUUGUCCUACAGCUCAGUUCACUGUCUCGACCAAUCGGGACAGACUGUUGUUGACUCCGCCCACCUUCACCUGCUUCACCUGAUCACUGUAGCUCACCUGGUUCAGAUCCUGCUCACCUCCACAACAGAGGAGGUGUGUAUGGAUCAGGAUGGAGGAGAAUCGGAGGAGGAGGAGCUCACCUGUCAGCUGUACAACACACUGAGGACACAUCUGGGCAGUGCGUUACCUGAGGUGACCUCUGGGUGGCAGCUGCUGCGUUGUGUGAAAGCCGGCGUCCUGCCUUUCCUCAGAGCCGUCGCUCUCUUCUUCCACUACUUGAACUCUACAGCUCCACCUGCUGACCUGCUGGUUGCAGGUCCUGGUCAGUGGGAGGCGCUGUGCAGCUACCUCGGCCUUCCCUCCAACCUGCUGCAGCUCUGCCAGAGCCAACACACACUGCUGGAGCCGCUCAUACACAGGUGGUGUUGUCAUCCAGGUGUCAGACAGACUCUUCAGGGCAGCGGAGUUCUCGUCCGGUUCCCCCGAGAGUCGAACCGACUGAUCGACCUGCCGGAAGAUUACAGCGCCCUGAUUAACCAGGCGUCCAGCUUCACGUGUCCCCGGUCUGGAGGAGAUAAGUCUCGCGCUCCCACUCUGUGUCUGGUGUGCGGCUCCAUGUUGUGUUCUCAGAGUUACUGCUGCCAGACGGAGGUGGACGGAGAGGACGUAGGAGCCUGCACCGCACACACCUUCACCUGCGGAGCCGGCCUCGGACUCUUCCUCAGGGUCAGAGAGAGUCAGGUGUUGUUUGUCGCAGGUAAAACGAAGGGCUGUUUCUAUCCUCCUCCGUACCUGGACGACUACGGAGAGACGGAUCAGGGUCUGAAGCGGGGGAAUCCUCUCCACCUGUGCGCGGACCGCUACCGGAAGAUCGAGCGUCUGUGGCGUCAGCACGGCAUCGCUGAGGUCAUCGGUCACGCUCAGGAGGCCAAUCAGACGCUGGUCGCCAUCGACUGGCAGCAUCUGUGAUAUUCAUCUCGACUCUGCCCCUCCCCCCCCUCUGAUUGGCUCUCAGCAUUGGCCCCGCCCUCUCUUAAUAAAAAAACCCUUCUUCUCAACCAAUCAGCUUCCUGCAGCCCAUCGCUGAGCUCAGAUCAGCUUUCAGGGAUUUUUUCAGGAAUUUGGCUUUUUGGGGUUCUGUGUCCAGGAAGGCUUCUGACCUUUGACCUUCUCCGUGUGUCAGUCCACCAAUCAGGGAGAGGCAGUAACACUUGACGCGAUCGUCUCACAGACAGGAAACACCGACGUGAGAUUUAGAAACUUUUUAAAUUUAGAGUUUUCUGUUUACCGAGACGUUCCGACUCUGUGGGAAUCUUUCUGCUGUAGCUGCAAAAUGAACCAAAGUGAAGCCCCGCCCACCUGCUGCUGUCACUCACUGGUGAUUGACAGGUCAUUUAUAGCAGGUUAAGAACACAACACUCUUAUUAUCUUUUACAUUUAAUCUGCAUUUCAGGCGGAGGUGUCAGGUGAUCUCUGCGUGAGGUGCAGGUGUGGAGUGGGAGGAGCUUCAUGUUCCUCACAGUGAUGGUGACAUGAAACAGCUGGUAGAGAAUAUCUGCUUCUCUCAUUAAUGAACUCAAAUCUAUAAACUUAAAUGAGAGAAAUCAAUUACAACUUUACAGGACCUUUCAUCCGAUCACAGCUUCAUGUUCUGUGGCUGUAGUUCAGAUUACACAUUAAAAAUAAGUCACUUCUAAAUUCUGGAUGUAAUUUUGGAUGAACUCAGCAUCCGUGACGACCUCUGACUGGCUUCGUCUCCAUGGCAACAGCAGCUGAGGUUCAUGGGUAUUGUAGUAUUUACAGACGUCCACCAAACCAACAGAAGAAACCUGAUUUGUAAGAAACUAAACAUUUGUGAUGUUUACAUUAUCCAGGAGACUUUUUCUAUGUUCAGUUUAAAGCAGAAAUGAUUCGACGUGAACACAGAAGCUCCUCUCACUUCACUUCACCGCCGUGUAACAGACUCAUAAAUCUGCUCUCCGCGUCCGAGGAAGAGGCGAUACAUGAUUUAAACUUGAGAGCACAGUUUAGUACUUUGAGUUAUAAACUGUGACAGAUAUGAUAUGAAGGACUGAACUGAUCUCAGGACGGACGGUAAGAACUCUGAAGUGUUUGAUCUUCUCUUGUAGCAGCUUUUUGGUUCUGAACCCGAAAUGAAUCUCCUGAUGUUCGGUUCGUGUUUGUUUUUUAAGAGUUUCCAUGACGACAGAUUCCCAGAGCUUCGUGUUGUUACUGCAGAAAUCUGUGUGAUUUAAACAUGGAGCAUCAUGGGAAAUGAGAACAGCUUGUGGGAGCUCCUGACUCGCACCACAACAUUUUAACAACGAGAGGAAUAUCAAUAAUAAUCCUGUAAUCUUUGUGUCUUAUUAGCAUCAGUGGAGGGUCGGAGUAUUUAUCAGUUUUACAACAUAUCAAACCACAUAUCAGAGCUACUUAUUGGUUAGGAAUGAAAGAUUGGUUUCAGUUUUGUACCUUUUUUUGUUUUAACAGUUUAUUUAAAGAGAUGUUUUUUUUCUUUUUUUUGGGGUCCCGCGGUGUGCUUUGUGUGUUUGCUUGUUUGGAGAGCUGUGUGAUGUCACUUCCUGUUUACGAGUUGAAUGUUGGAUUUCUUUUUUUUUUUUUUUAAGGCUUUGAGUUUGUUGCUGUGAGAGCUGAAGGAAAAACAUCUUGAUGAAAAUGGACUGCAGAAAUCUCCACCAUUUAUUUUAUUUAUUGAUUUGUUUAAAAAAAAAAAAAAACGUAUUCUUUUUUUUUUUUUUUUUUAACAAGUGAAACACUCAGCUAAUGUCUCUUUUUUUUCGUACUUGUUUAAAAAAAAGUCAGAGUCAUUAUGUUGGAGAUUUUUUUGCAUUUUUUUCUGAGAAUGACCGGGUCCUCUUCACAGCAUGUUGCCUCCUCACCGCUGCAUCAUUUAUCACAUCUGACUUGUGAAUAUGUGAAUUCUUGUA